AAUAAUUGUACACUUCCCCUUGGCUUGGAUAUAUCUGACGCAGACAGACAACAACACUGUUCUGGAAUACGUAAUAACACAGGGGGUAAUUGCUGGCCUCGGUCUUGCAAUUUGCCUGACCUACUAACAUCAAACGUUAUAUCACACAGGGGUCCAGUCGUCCAACGGGGGUAAUAUCGGUCCGAGUUGAAGCAGGAUACACAUGCUAUCUGGACAGUGACAUUGGUAUGACACCGUUGACCUGCGACCAUACACAGUUACAGAGUCAACGGAAUUGUACUCCGGAAGAAACUGUCAAGACUUGUUUUGGUUCCAUCGUGCUCUUUUACGAGUCGACAGGUAACGUCAGCUGACCUUGACUAAAGUAUGUCUUGCCCAUGCACAUCGGCCGCGAGGAUAUUCUUGAAUUCAGCACAGAGAGGGCUGUCUUGUUCUCGGGUUCAGCUCUAUGCUUUGAGCAGACCUGGGUGGGGUUUUCGUGAAGCUCCUCUUCCUCGCAUAGUCCGAGUGAGAUCCUUCCAUGAAACUGCACUAUGUUUUGCCUCUAAAGAUGGAACGACUAAGGAUGGAUCCAGCGAUGGUGGAAAGAAGAGCAUCAGUGAAGGAAAGAGAUUGUCGGGCUCUUCUGGUGGAUCAGGGAAGGGGGGUAACCAGCUGCACUGUCCCAAAUGUGGAGACCCGUGUACACAUGUGGAGACCUUUGUAUCGUCAACACGUUUUGUGAAGUGUGAGAAAUGCCAUCACUUCUUCGUGGUUCUCUCUGAGACGGACUCUAAGAAGGGUCUGAAUAAAGAAGCAGAGUCGCCCGCUGAGGCUGUCAAAAUGGCCUUCGCACAGAAACCUCCCCCGCCACCCAAAAAGAUCUAUGCCUACCUGGACAAGUACGUAGUGGGUCAGUCCUAUGCUAAGAAGGUGCUGGCGGUAGCUGUGUAUAAUCACUACAAGAGAAUCUACAACAACAUCCCUGCUGGGAGCAGACAGGUGGAGGUGGAGAAACAGGCCUCGCUCACUCCACGAGAACUAGAGACGAGAAGACGGGAGGAUGAGUACAGAUUCACAAAACUCCUUCAAAUAGCAGGGAUCAGUCCCCAUGGCAACGCUCUGGGAGCCUCCAUGCAGCAACAGGCCACUCAGCAGGCUCCUCAGGAGAGGAGAGGCGGGGACGUGUUAGACUCCACACACACCGACAUCAAACUGGAGAAGAGCAACAUCGUGCUGCUAGGCCCCACCGGAUCAGGCAAGACAUUGUUGGCCCAGACCCUGGCCAAGUGUCUAGAUGUACCCUUUGCUAUCUGUGAUUGUACCACCCUGACCCAGGCUGGCUAUGUGGGGGAGGAUAUUGAGUCUGUUAUUGCCAAGCUGCUGCAGGAUGCCAACUACUCUGUGGAUAAAGCACAGCAAGGCAUAGUGUUUCUUGAUGAGGUGGACAAGAUCGGCAGUGUUCCUGGGAUCCACCAGCUCAGAGAUGUAGGAGGAGAGGGUGUACAACAGGGUCUGCUCAAACUCUUGGAGGGCACGAUAGUGAGCGUUCCAGAGAAGAACUCCAGGAAGUUGAGGGGAGAGACUGUGCAGGUGGACACCACUAACAUCCUGUUCGUAGCGUCAGGGGCCUUCAACGGACUCGACAGAAUCGUCAGCAGACGGAAGAAUGAAAAGUACCUGGGCUUUGGCACGCCCUCCAACAUGGGUAAGGGUCGUCGUGCGGCGGCAGCAGCCGAUCUGGCUAACAGCAGUGAACAGACGGACAUGGUGGCAGAGAUGGAGGAGAAGGACCGUCUGCUGAAGCUCGUGGAGGCCCGGGACCUCAUUGAGUUUGGGAUGAUCCCGGAGUUUGUAGGGCGUCUGCCUGUGGUGGUGCCUCUACACAGUCUGGAUGAAGAGACGCUGGUCCGCAUCCUGACAGAACCACGCAACGCUGUCAUACCACAGUACCAGGCCCUGUUCAACAUGGACAAGUGUGAACUGAAUGUAACGACAGAUGCUCUGAGAGCCAUCGCCAGGCUGGCUCUGGAGAGAAAGACUGGAGCCCGUGGCCUGAGGUCCAUCAUGGAGAAGCUUCUUCUGGAGCCCAUGUUCGAGGUGCCAUGUUCAGACAUCGUGGCUGUGGAGUUAACCAAGGACGUCGUCCUGGGCAAAUCAGAACCACAAUACGUCAGAGCUCCAGCGAAGGAGGCAGCAGAGGAGGACUAUGACUCUGGUCUUGAAGAGGAGAACUGGCCCAGACAGGUGGACGCAGCAGCUAACAACUGAUCGGACCCCCCCGCCCCCUCCCUCCCCCCAUCCAGUCACUCAUUUCAACAACUGUUACAUCUACAAUCAUUAGAACACCUUCUAGAACAUUUGGAAGCCAACUGUAGGUUCCUGGAAUUCCAGCCCCUUGAGCCAUCUAAACAGACCUCCGUCAGGCUCUGUAGACCACUACUAAAACCACACCAUAAAACCCUUUCUCUGAGGAAGUGUUUUCAUAAUGAACAACACGGAUUGGAGUACCUUUUUUUUGGUCCUGUGAAUUGGACAGUAGGCUAAUUCUUUAAGUUAGAAAAUGAAGAUGUACCUGCUAUAGUGUAUAUAUUUAAAAAAUAGUUGGGGUAGGUAGUGUAAUUUUUAUUCUUUAAAAACUGAUUUAAAUAGGUGAAUUUUGUGUUUUCUCUUGUGUUGUGGUGAUGACAGAUUGAAGUGACAAUGGAAACACAUAUAACAUGACUGGGAUCAUAUUGUACACUUGAAGACUUAACCAGGGCUAGGAAUGUUCCGUUUUACUAUCAAAUCAAAGUUUAUUUGUCACGUGCGCUGAAUACAACAGGUAUAUAUAGACCUUACAGUGAAAUGCUUACUUACAGGCUCUAACCAAUAGUGCAAAAAAGGUAUUAAGUGAACAAUAGGUAAGUAAAGAAAUAAAACAACAGUAAAAAGACAGGCUAUAUACAGUAGCGAGGCUAUAAAAGUAUCAAGGCUACAUACAGACACUGGUUAGUCAGGCUGAUUUGAGGUAGUAUGUAGAUAUGGUUAUAACAUCAAUAUACAACUAAUGCCCUGACUGUCAACAGCAGACCGGGGUUUAAAUACUAUUUGAAAUUGUUCAUAUAUAUAUAUAUAUAUAUAUACUAAUAUACAUAAAUACAUACAUAUAUAUGCAUACAUACAUAUAUACAUACAUAUAUACAUACUUUGGAGUGUUUUCUCUGGCCUGCUUAGAGUGCCAGGUGGGCGGGAUUUGUACUUUUGGUAAUAUGCUGUUAGUUCAAUUGAGCCCAGCUAAAGUAUUUGAGAUGAUUUCAAGUAGUAUUUGAACCCUGGUCUCCUAGAUGUAUGAUAUUCCAUAAUGAGCACAUCAUUAUUGUGAUGUUUUUCUAUGGAGUUAAAUUGGUGCCAAAACCUUUUCUGGCAGUAAUUUAACUCCAUAUUUACUCCUAUUUACUAUUUUAACGGAAUUCGUAAUGAACACAACUGGGCUGUAAAUGUUGGUAUUAAAAGCUUCAGUGCUGAGUUUAGAAUCCAUUUGUAUCACAGCAACACACCUGUCGUUAGGGACAACAUAGCAACGUACUACACCCUACUCCGGCACACUCAACAGAGCGGAGGUGCGUCCAAAAUGGCACCCUAUUCGACCAGGACCUCUGGUUAAAAAUACUGCACUAAAUAAGGAAUAGGCUGCUUUUUCAGACGCUGACCGUUUGAUCGUAGUAGUGGCUUUUUUUGUUUUAAACGUUGAAAAUGUUUAUUUCUGUAGUGUUGUACCCCCCCCCCCCCCCUUCUAGAAACCCGCUCUCUAGGGAAUGAAUCUGUCAGCUCUCUCUAACCUCACAGGAUUACAAACUGUUAGAUCGAUAUCAAGCAUGGCAAAGGGGCUUGAUAUUCAAUAAGGUUUCAGAGUUGCUGACCUAGGAUCAGGUGCUCCCGGUCCAUGUAAUUGUAUUCAUUAUGUUCUAUAAAGGAUAAACUGAUCAUAGAUUCAACAUUCUUACUCUGAUAUUCUUUCUGAAUGUUUUACUUUGCUCUGGCUGGGUCAAGCUUCACAUCCGCCCCCCCCCCCCCCCACCUCACCUGUAGUAAUACUCCAGUACGUCGUGUUACUAAAAUGGUCCCUCAAUCCCAUCACUAGGCACUUCUUCCUCAAUUAAGCCUUUUAACUAUUUCUAUCCACAUUGAACCAUGGCUGUUCUAUGUCGUGUAAUGCUGUUAUAAUACAAUCAUCAUCAUCAUCAUAAUACAAUUGUUUGUGUUCCUUUUCAGUUCCUUUUAUGCUUCUCUUCUCAACGGUCAAUCAUAAUAACAUGUAAAAUCUCAAUUUAUUGAUGUGAUUGUUUAAAUAUUAUAAAUAAAAUGUAUAUCUCUGUACAGAA